GAUAGCGAUAGAAAAUGCCGCGUUAGAGAUUCAAAGAAAUUAGAGGGAGGAAGAGAGGACGAUGGGGAAUUAGAGGUUUGAGGAGAUUGAGCCGAGGACUGUCGAUGUUUCUCUUCUUCUCUCUUCUGAGUUAACGACGUUCUCUACCUGAAAUAACAGAAGUAUGCUAUCAGAGGCGAAUCAUUGGCGUGCGUCUCUCUACGAGCGGCUGUCCGUGUUCGAGCCAAAUUAACUACAAAACGGAAUAACGGUUUUUAUGCACCCGCACGAGACGUGAGUUAGUUACCAACAAUGUGGUGCAUCAAUUGCGCCUCGGACAAGACCCCUGCCAUUCUUCAUAACAACAAGCUGAUAUACUGUGUGGAAGAGACUCCACGUGGCGACACAGGCAGUUUCUCUGACAGCACCUGUAGCCGGGGGCCCUACCUGAGCAGCUCUGAUCACCGCUACAGCAGUGGCCCCGGCCCACCGGACCCCCGAUCCCAACACCACACCCAGGGCCCCCCGGUGGCCCCCCCCAGUCCUGCCUCCCUGGCCUGGGUCCAGAGGACCCGGUAUCAGCCUGCCAGCCUGGCGCUCCGGAAGCAGGAGGAGGAGGACAACAAGCGCUGCAAAGCCCUGUCCGACAGCUAUGAGCUCUCCACAGACCUACAGGACAAGAAGGUGGAGAUGCUGGAGAGGAAGUAUGGCGGUUACUUCCUGAGUCGGCGGGCGGCGCGCACCAUCCAGACGGCGUUCCGUCAGUACCGCAUGAACAAGAACUUUGAGCGGCUGAGAAGCUCUGCCUCCGAGAGCCGGAUGACUCGGCGCAUCAUCCUGUCCAACAUGAGACUGCAGUACUCGUUUGACGAGCCAGCCCCAGGGACAGGGCCAGCCCCAGGGACAGGGCCAGACCCAGCCACAGGGACAGGGCCAGACCCAGGGACAGGGCCAGCCCCAGGGGCAGGGGGGACAGAGGUACCCCCACCCUGGAAGGGGGCAGCCUGGGGAUGGAGAGAUGGAGGCUGGGUCUCCUCCACUGUGCCAGGGGACAUAGAGUACACACACCUGGAUGAGACCUUCUCCAAGCAGGUGAAGUCCCUGGCUGACUCCAUCGAUGAUGUCUUGACCUGUCAGUCUGGCGUGGAAGACUUUCAGGAGGAGGAGGAAGAGGAGGAGGAAGGUGACGGAGGCGAGACAGGGGUGGUGGCGGACGACUUUGGAGAGUGUGUUUGGAGACCGAGGGAGGGAGACAGACAGAGGGGCGGAGGAAGAGGAAGAGGAGGAGAGAGACAGAGCAUGCACGAGGACAGCAUAGCCACCUCCUACAGCGACGUGACCCUCUACAUUGAUGACCCCUCCUCGCCCCUGUCCCUGGACCGCGGCCCCAGCAGCACCGACACAGAAUACUGGAGCCCUGGAGUGGGUGGCGUUGGGGUGGGGGGGCGUGAAGACAGCCGGGACACAGAGGGAGGGGGCAGCAGUAACAGCCGACGAAGCACCCCCUGUACAGAGUGUAGAGACUACAGCCUGAGAGGAGCUCACCUGCCCCUGCUGACCAUCGAUCCCCCUAGCGACAGCUCUGUUGAUAUGAGUGACCGCUCGGAUAGAGGUUCGAUAGGUAGACUGGUCUACGAGACAGAGCCAGGGGGAGGUGGGGGAGGAGGGGGGGAAGGGAGGUCGCCUCACGGCACCAUUAAACACAACCCCCACCCAAACCCCCACCCCAACCCCAACGGGCGCUCUGCCCCCACACACCCCCAGGCCCAAGGCCAGACUCGUACUGUGCUCCCUCACCGCCCCCACCCCUCGGCCAUUCCCUCCCACCUGCCCUACCACACCAUCCUACACCAUCACCAUCAGAUCCCGCACCACACCCAGCACCCCCACCACCCGUACCCCGACACUCCCUCUUCGUCCUCCCAGUCCCCGCAGGGACAACCCCUCACCCCUCUGUCUUCCUCCUCCUCCACCACACUGCCCCCUGGUGGCCUGGAGCAGGUAUGCUGUUCGGAUGGAGACAACGACUCUCUCAACUCCACCACCAACUCCAACGAUACCAUCAACUGCUCCUCCGGGUCCUCAUCACGCGACAGCCUCCGGGAGCCCCUCCCACCGCUCGGGAAACAGACCUAUCAGAGAGAGAGCAGACAAAGCUGGGAUAGUCCCGCCUUUAACAAUGACGUGGUGCAGAGACGACAGUACCGCAUCGGACUCAAUCUGUUCAACAAGAAGCCAGAGAAGGGUAUACAGUACCUGAUAGAGAGAGGCUUCGUAUCGGACACACCGGUAGGCAUCGCCCGCUUCAUCCUGGAGAGGAAAGGACUGAGUAGACAGAUGAUAGGAGAGUUCCUGGGCUGCAGACAGAAACAGUUCAACAAGGACGUACUGGAUUGUGUGGUAGAUGAGUUGGACUUCUCAGGGAUGGAUCUCGACGCCCUCCCAUUUAGCCCUCAGGAACGGUAUUCAAUAGAAAACCCAAUAUUCAUCCGAAAACAGUUCCAGAACCCUGAAAACACCAUCUUCAUCCUGGCCUUCAAUAUCAUCCUCCUCAACACAGACAUGUAUUCUCCCAACGCCAAUUCAAAGAAAAAGCUGGAGGAUUUCAUCAAAAAGCCUCAGAGAGCACAGUGUUUCCACGGUCACGCCCUCUGGCCUAUAUCAAAGCACAGUGUUUCUACGGUCACGCCCUCUGGCCUAUAUCAAAGCACAGUGUUUCUACGGUCACUCCCUCUGGCCUAUAUCAAGCGCAGUGUUUCCACGGUCACGCCCUCUGGCCUAUAUCAAAGCACAGUGUUUCCACGGUCAUGCCCUCUGGCCUAUAUCAAGCACAGUGUUUCCACGGUCAUGCCCUCUGGCCUAUAUCAAGCACAGUGUUUCUACGGUCACGCCCUCUGGUCUGCAGAGCACAGUGUUUCCACGGUCACUCCCUCUGGCCUAUAUCAAAGCACAGUGUUUCCACGGUCACGCCCUCUGGCCUAUAUCAAAGCACAGUGUUUCUACGGUCAAGCCCUCUGGCCUAUAUCAAAGCACAGUGUUUCUACGGUCAAGCCCUCUGGCCUAUAUCAAAGCACAGUGUUUCUACGUUCACGCCCUCUGGCCUAUAUCAAAGCACAGUGUUUCUACGGUCAAGCCCUCUGGCCUAUAUCAAAGCACAGUGUUUCUACGGUCAAGCCCUCUGGCCUAUAUCAAAGCACAGUGUUUCUACGGUCAAGCCCUCUGGCCUAUAUCAAAGCACAGUGUUUCUACGGUCAAGCCCUCUGGCCUAUAUCAGGGCACAGUUUUUCCACGGUAACGCCCUCUGGUCUGCAGAGCACAGUGUUUCCACGGUCACGCCCUCUGGCCUAUAUCAAGCACAGUGUUUCUACGGUCACGCCCUCUGGUCUGCAGAGCACAGUGUUUCCACGGUCACUCCCUCUGGCCUAUAUCAAAGCACAGUGUUUCUACGGUCACGCCCUCUGGCCUAUAUCAAAGCACAGUGUUUCUACGGUCACGCCCUCUGGCCUAUAUCAAGCACAGUGUUUCCACGGUCACGCCCUCUGGUCUGCAGAGCACAGUGUUUCCACGGUCACGCCCUCUGGCCUAUAUCAAAGCACAGUGUUUCUACGGUCACUCCCUCUGGCCUAUAUCAAGCGCAGUGUUUCCACGGUCACGCCCUCUGGCCUAUAUCAAAGCACAGUGUUUCCACGGUCACGCCCUCUGGCCUAUAUCAAGCACAGUGUUUCCACGGUCACGCCCUCUGGCCUAUAUCAAGCACAGUGUUUCUACGGUCACGCCCUCUGGGCACAGUGUUUCCACGGUAACGCCCUCUGGUCUGCAGAGCACAGUGUUUCCACGGUCACGCCCUCUGGCCUAUAUCAAGCACAGUGUUUCCACGGUCAAGCCUUCUGGCCUAUAUCAAAGCACAGUGUUUCCACGGUCACGCCCUCUGGCCUAUAUCAAAGCACAGUGUUUCCACGGUCACGCCCUCUGGCCUAUAUCAAGCACAGUGUUUCCACGGUCACGCCCUCUGGUCUGCAGAGUACAGUGUUUCUACGGUCACGCCCUCUGGCCUAUAUCAAGCACAGUGUUUUUACGGUCACGCCCUCUGGCCUAUAUCAAAGCACAGUGUUUCCACGGUCACGCCCUCUGGCCUAUAUCAAAGCACAGUGUUUCUACGGUCACGCCCUCUGGCAUAUAUCAAAGCACAGUGUUUCUACGGUCACGCCCUCUGGCAUAUAUCAAAGCACAGUGUUUCCACGGUCACGCCCUCUGGCCUAUAUGAAAGCACAGUGUUUCUACGGUCACGCCCUCUGGCCUAUAUCAAAGCACAGUGUUUCCACGGUCACGCCCUCUGGCAUAUAUCAAAGCACAGUGUUUCUACGGUCACUCCCUCUGGUCUAUAUCAAGCACAGUGUUUCCACGGUCACACCCGCUGGCCUAUAUCAAAGCACAGUGUUUCUACGGUCAAGCCCUCUGGCCUAUAUCAACGCACAGUGUUUCUACGGUCAAGCCCUCUGGCCUAUAUCAAGCACAGUGUUUCCACGGUCACGCCCUCUGGUCUAUAUCAAAGCACAGUGUUUCUACGGUCACGCCCUCUGGCCUAUAUCAAGCACAGUGUUUCCACGGUCACGCCCUCUGGCCUAUAUCAAAGCACAGUGUUUCUAUGGUCACGCCCUCUGGCCUAUAUCAAAGCACAGUGUUUCUACGGUCAAGCCCUCUGGCCUAUAUCAUGCACAGUGUUUCCACGGUCACGCCCUCUGGCCUAUAUCAAGCACAGUGUUUCCACGGUCACGCCCUCUGGUCUGCAGAGUACAGUGUUUCCACGGUCACGCCCUCUGGCCUAUAUCAAAGCACAGUGUUUCCACGGUCACGCCCUCUGGCCUAUAUCAAAGCACAGUGUUUCCACGGUCACGCCCUCUGGCCUAUAUCAAAGCACAGUGUUUCCACGGUCACACCCUCGGGCCUAUAUCAAGCACAGUGUUUCCACGUUCACGCCCUCUGGCCUAUAUCAAGCGCAGUGUUUCUACGGUCACGCCCUCUGGUCUAUAUCAAGCACAGUGUUUCCACGGUCACGCCCUCUGGCCUAUAUCAAAGCACAGUGUUUCCACGGUCACGCCCUCUGGUCUGCAGAGCACAGUGUUUCCACGGUCACGCUCUCUGGUCUGCAGAGUACAGUGUUUCUACGGUCACGCCCUCUGGCCUAUAUCAAGCAUAGUGUUUUUACGGUCACGCCCUCUGGCCUAUAUCAAAGCACAGUGUUUCCACGGUCACGCCCUCUGGCCUAUAUCAAAGCACAAUUUUUCCACGGUCACGCCCUCUGGCCUAUAUCAAAGCACAGUGUUUCCACGGUCACGACCUCUGGCCUAUAUCAAGCACAGUGUUUCUAUGGUCACGCCCUCUGGCCUAUAUCAAGCACAGUGUUUCCACGGUCACGCCCUCUGGUCUGCAGAGCACAUCAGAAUGGACGAGCAGGUAACCAAGAUCUUCCAGAAGAAGAAGACCUCUGUGACAUACAGCUUCAGACAGUCUUUUCCCCUGGUCGAGAUGCAGGUCCACAUGUUCCAGAACCAGCACUAUCCCCACGGUAUCCGUCUGACGUCAGCCAAUCCUGGCGGGGAGAGGAAGGUUCUGAUUGUAUUAAAUGCUCCAAGUCAGCAGGACAGAACACGCUUCACCUCCGACCUGAGAGAGAGCAUCACUGAGGUGACAGAGAUGGAGAAAUACAGGGUGGAGUCGGAGUUGGAGAAGCAGAAAGGGGUUGUGAGACCUGUUGUGGGCGGGGCUGGCGGUGGUGGUCUGGGCAGUGGCUUGAAGGGCGAGGUGGUGAAUGGCACUCUGGGUAGACCCAGUCUGGAUGACAGCUAUGCUUCCGCAGACGGACUCAAACGUACCGCGCUCAGCUCAUCACUGAGAGACCUAUCAGACACAGGGAAGCGGGGCCGCCGAAACAGUGUUGGCUCCUUGGACAGCACAAUGGAAGGUUCCAUCAUUAGCAGUCCCAGGCCUCAUCAGCGCCCCCACAUGGCUGGAGGUGUAAUGCCACCCGGCAGCUAUGACAUCCAAGACUACCGGCCUCACCGCCCCAUCCUGAGCCCCGGAAUGGGGGUGGGGGGUGGGCCGGGGCUAAAUCACAAUACCGCUACUGGGACGACGGCACUGGGUCCCAGCAGCGGAGACCGAGGGGGGACGGGAGCCCUGGUGAGCGGGUCUGGAGGGGGAGGGGGCAGUGGAGGCUCCUUCCUGGGUUCCCUGUUCGGGAGCAAGCGCGCCAGCACCAAGCCCCCUGGUCCACUCCCCCCUCUCCUCCCACCUGGGCUGCCACACUACCCUGCACCUGUCCCCCGCCCACCACUGGCGGCCCGCCCCCACACUCCCCCUCCUCCCUCACCCACUCCGACAUAGGAGGACCCUCCAAAAU